UCCAUUUCUGAACUGAUGGACGCUGCCGCUCUCGCGUAGUCCUCGCCUAUUUUAUAUACACAUUUAAGUAAGUAAACUAGGUUGUCCGUCGUAAAUUAGGACUUUUUUUGUAAAAGAAGAGACAGAAUAGAAGUACUCGUCAGUCGUGGAAUGCUGUUUGAAAAGUGGCUGUUACUGUAGGUAGCAUUUAAUCUACAUUUUAACUUUACUAAGCGGCGUUUUUUCUUUCCGCCGCCCCGCUCACGCUGCCCCCCUUGUGUGUGAGUACGGGCCUGAGCCACGAGGUGAGUCGGUACAGUAGGAUCAGGGCGAUGGCGGAGUUCGGUAACGGACUGGCGGAGGAAUCCCUACUAGAUUCUGACCCCGGACAUCCUGAGCUGGAAGACCCGGGUGUCGGUGACGAAGAACCGGGAUUAGAAGAGGGAGAGGCCGCAAUUGAAGACCCGGAACUGGAGGCGAUAAAAGCUCGGGUGAGAGAGAUGGAGGAAGAGGCAGAGAAGCUGAAGGAGCUACAGAACGAGGUGGAGAAACAGAUGAAUCUCAGCCCCCCACCAGUCGGCCCCGUCAUCAUGUCCAUCGAGGAAAAGAUGGAGGCAGAUGGCCGGUCGAUUUACGUUGGAAAUGUGGACUACGGUGCAACGGCAGAAGAGCUAGAGGCUCAUUUUCAUGGCUGCGGCUCAGUAAAUAGAGUUACCAUCCUAUGUGACAAAUACACAGGGCAUCCCAAAGGGUUUGCCUACAUAGAGUUUGCAGACAAAGAGUCUGUAAGGACAGCCAUGGCUUUGGACGAGUCCCUUUUUAGAGGAAGGCAGAUAAAGGUGGGCGCUAAGAGAACAAACCGACCAGGCAUUAGCACCACAGACCGCGGCUUCCCACGGGCUCGGUUCCGGUCACGGGGAGGAAGCUUUUCAUCACGCGCACGCUACUACAGUGGCUACACACCACCCAGAGGCAGAGGACGGGCCUUCAGGGGCCGAGGGCGAACAACAUCGUGGUAUUCCCCUUACUAAACACCCCCUCCUUCCCAAACACCCCCUUACUAUCAACCCUUUCCCCAUCCCUGUUCCCAUUUGGAAAAAAAAGAAAAAAGAAAAAAACACAAUGAAAAAAUGCCCUCCUUUCCCAUCAAUAAAAGAAGAGAAUCCCAGAAGAGGGGAAAAAAAGACAAAAAAAAGGAAAAAAAAAAAAAAAACACUUCUCCUGGACAGAGAAACUGACUGGCCGCAGUGUGCGAUUGUGUGUGAGCGUGCGUGUGCGGAGAUUGAUGCAGGCGCCCCCUGGUAAGGUAUACGUUGGCCAUUGGGGAGUACUGUGGCAGAUUUCUUUCUUUGUAUUCUGUUGGUUUUUUAAGGGGUGGGAAGUUAAGAGAGAGGAUGAUGGUAUCUCAGGCUGCAGAUGUCUCCUUUGGUCUGGCUGUGACCUCCUGCUUUUUACACCAUCACCAUCACCAACACAGCCCACCCACUCACCCUCCACCACUACCAAAACAAGAAAAAAAAAUGUGUGGGGUAAACAGCAAGAAAAGAAAAAAAAAAAA